AUUAAUCAUGUUCAGAACAGUCAUCAUUACUGCCCUCCUGGCCGGUGUUUCUGCUCAACGUAUUCCAAGUUUUCUUAAACCUGGCAAAUGUGCCUCAGUUGCUAACCAGGAUAAUUUCGACCUCGAGAAGUACGCUGGGCGAUGGUACCAGACCCAGGUCAUCGAAAAUCCCUUCCAGCCACUCAGUCGAUGCAUCCUCUCCACCUAUGACUACUCCAAGAGUGACUAUGGUUUCAAGGUGACCACCGCUGGCUUCAGUCCUGAUGAUGAGUAUCUUAAGAUAGACUUAAAGAUCUACCCAACUAAGGAGUUCCCAGCCGCUCACAUGCUCAUUGAUGCUCCCUCACUGAUUGCUUCACCCUACGAGGUCAUCGAGACUGACUACGAUACUUACUCCUGCGUCUACUCCUGCAUCAGCACCGGCAACUUCAAAGCAGAGUUCGGCUUCGUGUUCUCUCGUACUCCCCAGACCUCAGGACCUGCUGCAGAGAAGUGUGCCGCUGUCUUCAACAAGAACGGCGUCGAGUUCUCCAAGUUCGUACCUGUCUCCCAGACAGCUGAAUGUCCCUAUAAAAUUUAAGUCUCUGUAAUACUUCAUAACACUUUAAGGGAGAACAAACUAUUCCUUCACCAUUUAAUAAUUUUCCAGAAAUUAUUUGAUUAAACCAAAGGGCCCCAGUCCCUGGACCCAUUAUGUACCUCUGUAAUCUUUUGACCACCGCCCACAGGAUGGGUAUUGGGUACAUAAUAAACAUAUUAAAAUUAAACUAACUAAAUAUGAGUCCAUCCUGAACAUUACGGAAGGUCACAAUAAAUAUUCCUACACUUAACACUAAAUCAUGUUAUGUAGCAGGAUUUAAUGUCCUCUUAGAAAAUGUGCUAAAAUCUUCAUUCACACACACGUGUGUGUGUGUGUGUGUGUAUGUACAAUUAAUUGCUCUUGGAGUGUGAGCAAGUUAACAUUUAUGAAGGGAUUCAAGAGAGCCAGUUAGUAGGACUCGAGUCCUGUAGGCGGUCAGUACAGAACCUGCACUCUGAAGGAGGGGUGGGGAUCCUGCAGCUUGGAGGAGCAUCUGAACUGUAGUGUCGGUGCUCCUCUGGCGAGACGGUGAUGGAGUGAGUGAAGGUAAAAGUGUUUCUUCUUUUUUCGGGACACCCUGCCUCGGAGGGAGACGGCCGGUGUGUUAAAAAAAUAUAUAUGUAUAUUCAUUUUUUUGCGAUAUCGCAACAAUAUGUUUGUGUAAGUUAAAUUUCCAAUAAAUAGCGGAUUUAUCCAAUAGCUCUU